AUGACUUCACGGCAGCUGCUGGUUCAGAGCUUGUUGCAUGACUUGCAGGAUGCGGCCAAUGAUUGUAACAUGGACAAUCUCAUCAAUGCCGCCUACAAGUCAGACCGAAUCCUGCGUUCCCUGAGCCUGCCCCGGUCCUGCAUGCGCCAGUUUCAGGGGGAGCUGGAGGUGGACUCCAACGCUCUCAGCCUGUACCCCGGAGACGGUCCCAGGAAGAUGCUUCCUUUGAAAUGCAGUGGGCCUGGUAAUCGUUUGUUUGAGGCAGCGAGCGUCCUGCUAUGUGGGCACGAAAGGCUGGCACCAGAGCUCCAGGUACGGACCGUGAUUGAGAUGCUGUUGCAGAAGAGCUUCUAUCUGAGAGAAAUGGCCGACUGCGAGGUAAUGCUGCAAGCUGCACGUUACGCCUUGAGCACCGAUGACUGCGCAGAUCUUAAACACCUUCCUGUCCACGUACUCUGCGCAAUGUACGAUGCGGAUAUCAGAGCCAGCUGUUUUCCGGGUACAUUUUCUAACAUGUGGCAUUUAUAUGCGCUGGCAUCAGUACUGCAAGUAAAUAUCUGUUCCAUCUACCCCCUACGCAACCAGUCCAUCCGCCCCUACUUUAACCGAUCAAUCCGCCCACGCUGCGGGGCCCCAGAUCCACCGACUCUUCACAUCAUGUGGUCUGGGCAGACUUUGCCACCUAGUGGUUUCCGGCCACACUGUUUUGUGCCACUUGUGGGUCUGGAAGACGUGGAUGAAUCCCCCACAGUGGAGACUCUGCAGAUGUUGCACUGGGACCCCAGGCUUACCUACUCACACCUACACCAAAAGUAUGGUGUAACAAAAAGCACCUUGUACCGCUGGAAACGUCAAAGUCACGAGUAUCGAGAACGAGCCAUCACACGCCAUGAAGCAAAGCGCUACCUUCAGUAUUGCUUCCAGAAAACACAAUCUAUGGUGGCGCUUGCAGACCUACGUCGGCUCUUUCCCAACAUCUCACGUACAACAUAUUAUGCCUGGAAAAACGAGCUGGUACAGGGGUCUGUAUCCUCCCCAUUCCUGAGUCCUCCAAAUACUCCAGAGGGAGGGGACCAUCCCGGGAGCACAGCAGGGAUUCUGGGUGAGAAGCAAAGUUAUGGAGAAAGUUGCACUUUUUUAAACAAUGUUACGCAAUGUCAGAUCCUCAGACAGAGUGUUGCAGAUAUCUCACAACUGAACUUUAAUAUGUGGCGCAAGAAGGUUUUUAAAUGUUCCACCAAAUCUCAGAAUCUGAAGCAUCCACAGGGAGUUACACUGCAUUAUCGAGCUUGGAAAAAGUACUUUCACCGCCAGACGACACGCAGAAAGGUGAUGGAACAGCGUAUGCCAUAUUGCCACUUUCGACAGCGAUAUCCAAAUAUCUCUGGCUCUACAUAUAGCUUUUGGCGUGCAGCAGGUCGGACUGCACGCGGGACUCUCCCUGCCAAACCACCAUCUCCAGAACUAAGUGAAUCUAUGUCUGUAGCUGCUCUUCUUGUGCCCGAAUCAAGAGUUCAGAAAUCAUUGCACAACGCUCCAGGUACAGCGCACUUGAAAGCAGAGGCAAAACUCUUUCUGCAGAAAAGAUACAAGGCACAAAAUUUCCCCUCCUUUCGGGAGUGCCAAGCCUUGUAUCCAACCACUGCUCGAUCCACGUAUUACAUGUGGAAACGCGCCCUGCAUAACGGCCUCUCUCUCAUAAACCCCUGA